GCGGCCUUCCUGCCUUUGACUGACCAGCUUCCUCUUCUGUGACGUUGGAUCGCUCAAGUUUGCUCGUCAACCAACAAAACAACCAACCACAUUGCUGCACCACCAACAAAGGCGAACAAGGAGACGGGUAUCUGCUGAACAUACCACGAACAUAGCCUCUGUACCACUCCCAGAGGAAUACUACACUACACCUGGAGUGCCAUCACCAACGAACCAUCCAUAACUGCAGCCACAGCAGCAACAAAUGUCCAUGACAAGCAUAGAGGGGUUGUCGCCAACCAACGCUCCGGCCCUCGACGCGCACCACUAUGCCUCAAUCAAAGGAGUGCAUGAGAGCGAGGACCUUCAAUCCAUCCCUGAGGAAGUCCGGGAGGAGCAGGACAACGCCCUUGCUCAGCUUCAGCAAUACCAAGUGGGAGAAACCUUAGGCGUGGGUGCACACGGUGAAGUGAAAAGGGCAACGCACAAGCUGAGCGGCCAGAGCGUGGCCAUCAAGUUUGUGCCGCGCGAAGAUUGCAAAGAUGGGGGAAAGCGGCUCACGGAGGUGGCGGCGUUGAGAAUGUUGAACCAUCCCCAUGUUGUUCGCCUCUACGACGUCAUUCGCACAUCCACCCAAGUGCUCCUCGUCCUCGAAUGCCUCCCUGGCGGCGAGUUGUUUGAUUAUCUCGUGAGCCGGCACCGUCUGUCUGAAUCAGAAGGCCGACGCUUCACGCGCCAAAUCAUGUCUGCCCUCACCUACUGCCACGACCAAGGCAUCGUGCACCGCGACCUCAAGCUGGAAAACUUGCUGCUGGACGACGAUGGUGAUGUCAAAGUCACGGAUUUCGGCUUUUCCAACGUUUACAAGGACGGCAACCUCAUGAGCACGUUCGUCGGCUCCCCGGCAUACGCAGCGCCAGAGAUCAUGGCCAACGAAAAGUACAGCGGCCCCAAGGCAGACAUCUGGAGCCUGGGCGUGAUUGUGUACACGCUCCUGUCUGGGGAAAUGCCCUUUCAGGCCGACAACAUUGCAGACAAGUUGCGUCACAUUACGCAAGCAGAGUACGAAAUGCCGCCAUAUCUCUCAUCCGACGCACAGCACCUGAUCCAACUUGUCCUUCAGCGCGAUCCAGAGGCCCGCCCGUCCAUGGAGGAGUUGUGGCAGCAUCCAUGGAUUUCGCAGAGCGGCAAACUUCAGCCGCUGAUUGUGGAAGUACCGCCACCAUCAGAGGCACUCGUACAGAGAUGCAUGCAAGAGAUUGCCGCGCAAACAGACAUCGACAUUGCACACCUCCGCGCGUGCCUGAAGGAGAACAAAAUCACGCGUGCAACCGCCACAUACCACCUUCUUCUCAACAAGCUCGCACAGGAAGCAAAGCGAGAGGAAAAGGAUAAUGAGAUUCAACGGAUCAUUGCCGGGUUGAAGUCGCUGACGCCCGGGAACAGCCGCUCUGGCUCCCCGCUGCUCUUCCUGCGGCCAUCUGUGGACGCAGGCAGGGUGCAGGGUGAACACGCUCAUGGGGACGAUGGAACAGAGAGCGAGCAUCAGGAGGAAGAAGUGCAGCAGCAGGUGCACGCGCACGCGCACGCGCAUGUGCAUGUGCAUGAGCAUGACAUGCACCAUCACCAUUCAGAUCUCUCUGUCAUGAUGCACAUGCCGGAGGCGCCAACCACCGCAGAGCGCCCACACAGCGCUAGCAGCAAUACGCACCUCGAAGAGGGCAUGCGCGCGCGAUCACGGACGGAUGGACAAGCAAGCCAGAUGGCCGCAACCUGGCGUGUUGCCCACCGCCGCGCCGCCUUCCGACAGCAGGCCACCAUCAACGGUGCUGUGUCCUCCUCGUCCAUGGAUGGUGGCGUCCCACCCUAUGCCACCCCCUCGCGCCGCAGGAGAAAUAGCCACUCAGACCACCCGCUGGCCCACUCCUCCGCUGGCCCGGCCGUUGCUCGUCGCAGCAUCGCCCUGGGUGCAAGUGCCCCGCACUCCCCACCGGUCCGCCUCCGCCGCAUGACGGCAAUUGAGCCGGGGUCGCCCACCCACCCGCGUCACCCGCACUACCACGCACACCAAUAUGCUGCUGCUGCGAACGGCAGUGCAGGGCGCUCACGCCUCUCUGUGAGCGGCGUCAGCUCUGCCGGUCGCACCCGACGCCGACGGGUCAGCACGCUCGGCACGCUGGUGGAGACAAGAGAUGAGGAGGUGAGCAUCCGAACCACGGUGCGAUCUCCAACCGGGUCCCGUCUGGCACUGCUGAGCCACAGUGCAUCGCGGGAGCACAUGCGGCACCACAUGAUGAUGGGCACCACCACGCAUGGGUCUGUUUCCUCCAUUGGCGCGCUCUCGGACGAAUCCGCCGGCUCAUCUCGCAAGUCUUCAGCCACAUCGUCGCACGCAGCGUCGCCUGCCCAGUAUCAUGCGCACGCGCACAACCACGUGUUUCAUCAGCAGCACGCGCACAGCCAUCUCAGCCACGCCCAGGCGGCAAUGCAGCCCAACCCGACCCAGAGUGAGCCACGAACAGGGUCCAAGUCUGCAGAGGACAUUUCCUCGUCUUCACCAUCAAGUGCAACCCCUGCUGGCGCCGCGAAAGCGCGAAGGCACCGGCGCCGAAGCAACACAACAGCAGGCCACACGCCACUUCCAUCUUCGCUCGCAUCUCCGCGUCGCCCAUCCCACAAAGUCACCAUGCUCGGCAACACGCCGCAAACGUUUGAGUUGGAAGUGUCACCGCUGCCUGCCCGUCGCCGCCGUGCGUCCCGCACGCGCCGGUCCAGCCUGCUUGGUCACCUCCACACCACCAACCUCUUCUUUGGCAGCAACUCCGACAGCGCACGGCCUUCCAUCGAGUUCUCCGAUGCCGCAUCGCCCGUGCCGCGCAUGCAGGGGAGAACACCGGCCAACACCACGCCUGGCAUGGAGGAGGACGCAUUCAGCAACAGCAGCAGCAGCGCAAGCGAGCGCGGCAACGCCAGGGACAGCAUCGCGUUUAGCGACGCGGAGAGCAAACGAUCGAGUGAUACGGCACCGUUUGUGCUGGAUUCCGUUCCGGCAGCAAGGCGCCGUGCGGAGUCGCCGGUGGUGGUGAAUGUGACGAACGUGGACAGGCUGGUCACCACGAGUGACGAGCAGCUGAUGCUGCAGCGCAAGCGCGCAACACGCAAGCAGCAGCGCACACAGCUGUCGCGGCUGCACAAGAGCGAAGACGCGGCCCACGCGUACGAGUACGGCGCACACAGCGACGGCGCCUACCUCGACACCACCGACGACGAUUACGACUACGAUGACGUUGGCGGCAACUUUGAUGAAGAGGAAGAGGAAGCAGCAGCCAUUAUGGAGCAGCAGGAGCGGCAAGACGUGGGCGAGUUCACGCCACGCGCAAACAGCACGGAGAGCCUGGACAUGAGCCGCACCAGCAGCCGGCGCAGCAGCAACACCACACAGCUGUUGGAUGUCCGCCCACCGCGCCUGGAGGCGCGUCGCCGAAGCAGCAGCACAGGCCACCUGCCCUCGCUCAUUGAGAACCAGAUUGCCGAGGUGUUCAGCGAGGAGGACACUGCAGUGGAGAGCGACUCGGGCGUGCCGCAAGCCAUGGCCACCUCGCCAGCGGGUGCGGUCGGUGACGCCAGCAUGGCUGCUGCUGGCAUGCAGGACGGCGGUGCUAUCGUGUCGCCCAUCAGCGCAUUGGCCGGCGCCGUCUCCACGACUACCGCAUCUGAUGGCACGCAGGCGGGCAUGCCACCGACAUCACCUACAGCAGUGAAAACGCGCAAGGUGUCGACACGCCGCACCAAGCGGAGCAGCCGCGGUAGUCGUGGUAGCCGGGGUAGUCCGCGCAUGACGCGGGCCACCUCCAUCUCCAACUUGACCAAGAGCAUGAAGCGCAAGAAGGGCAUGGACGCCUUGGACCUUGCCUCCAGCAUGCGCGCGUUUGGAGCCGCCACAACAUCCAUCAAGCCUGCACACGUGAUCAUCCACGAGCUGAAGCAGGCGCUACGCUCUUGCGACGUGAUGUUCGAGGAGCGUGGUCCCGUGAAGCUGCGCUGCUCCCGCGUCGCCCAAGCCGGUGGACCCGAGCACGCGCUGCGUGCCCGCCGCAACAGCCUCAUCUCCAUGGAAACCAUUGUCUGGGAGAUUACCGUUCAAGUCUUGCCUGACCUCAACAUGCGUGGCAUCCACCUGCGUCGCAUCAAGGGCAACCACUGGGACUACAAGAAGCUUGUGGACGAGGUGAUUCGCAAGGCAAAGCUGUAGAUGGAUGACGUGUUGUAUUGCGUUUUUGUCUUGUCACCCUGCGCCGCUAAUUGUGUAUGUAUGCGAGAGCGCGUGGCGCAGCUUUCAAUGAUAUUGCGUCUGUGUAUGCCAUGGUUGUGUUGUUUGCCGUCGGCUUCUCUCUUUUGUUGUUUGUGUACAUGCUUCCUUUCAUCUCUGCGUGGGCUGCCCGUCAGAUCAUGUCAUGUAAUUGUACCCGCCAUCCGUUUAAGGGCGCCCUGGUAGCCACAGUAAACACACUGGGAUUCAUUCAUUCAGAGCACGUUAUGUGAUGUACAUAACAUUCCAU